UUGGAGGAGGUUGGUUGGAGUGCCUAUAAAAGGCUCGCUCGAAUUUCUAAACCUCACUCCACAUCUUCUCGCAUCGCUAACAACAUCUCUCAAAACACACUUUAACUUCUUCAUCAUGAAGUCGAUUUUUCUGGUGGCUUUCGUUGGAGCCAUGGCUCAAGUUGCUCUCUCGGCCAAUCUCGCCGAGGUGGCUUCCGGAGCCGGCUUCACCAAGUUGGUUGAAUUGGUAACAGCUGCCGGUCUGGCUGAUACCCUUUCCAAUGGAGGACCCUUCACCGUCUUUGCCCCCACCAACGAAGCCUUUGCCAAGCUUAGCCCCGAGACUUUGGAUGCUUUGGGUGCUAAUCCCGAGCUUUUGGCUCGUGUGUUGAAGUAUCACUUGGUCUCCGGAUCCGUGGGCUCGGCUGAUCUUUCCGAUGAGUUGGUCGCUGACUCCGUCGAGGGAACUCAGUUGAGAUUCAACAACUAUCAAGCUGGAACCAGACACUCGUUCUUCACCGUGAACGGAGUUCGCAUCGUCAAGACCGAUGUCCCCGCCGAUAAUGGAGUCAUUCAUGUCAUUGACAACGUUUUGGCCACCUUUGCUGACAAGAGCCUGCCCGAGGUCCUUCAAGGCGACUCUCGAUUCAGCACUCUUUUGGCUGCCGUUCAAGCCGCUGAUUUGGCUUCCACUCUCUCCGGCGAGGGACCCUUCACCGUCUUCUGUCCCACCAACGAGGCUUUCGAGAAGUUGCCCGCUGGUACCGUUGAGGGACUCUUGCAGGAUAAGCCCGCCCUCUCCAAGAUCCUACUCCGACACGUUGUCCCCAAGACCAUCUUCGCUAACGGCAUCUUCAACGAUCAUGUCACCAGUGUGGGCGGAGAUCAGCUCACCGUCAGCAAGCACCAUGCCGGUGUCGUCAAGGUCUCAUCCAACGUUGAUGGCAAGACCACCUAUGCCCGAGUUAUUGAUGCUGACCUCAUUGCCUCCAAUGGAGUCUGCCAUGCUAUCGACACUGUGAUCUAAACUAAAUGCAUUCUUAACCUGAUAACCCAAGUACUUUAUAACAACCGAGGGCUCGUUGGUUGUACGUAUGUCGAUUCUAGAAGACUUUUCAAAUUCAGUAACAAAGGGAGCUUGAAAAGAAGAGUAGCCAUCUAUUCCGUCUUUCGAUUCAACCACACAUUCCAAAGCAGCAUGGCUUUGAAGAUCGCCAUUCUUGGACUUUUAAGUCUUACACAGUUGGGACAUUGCGCCAAUAUAGCGGAAUUGGCUUCACAAAGUGGGUUCACAACUUUGGUCGAUUUGGUUGUCAAGGCUGGAUUGGCAGAUACCUUGUCCAAUGGUGGUCCGUUUACUGUCUUUGCUCCCACCAACGAAGCCUUUGAGCGAGUGCCCAAAGACAUAUUGGACAAGUUAGGACAAGAUACGGAACUUCUGAAGUCUGUUCUUCUCUACCAUGUGGUUCAAGGCAAAGUGAUGUCUGGUCAGCUUUCCGAUGAGCUCACAGCCAAUUCCGUCCAAGGGUCGCCUCUUCGUUUCAAUUUGUUCUUGGAUAGCCAGUACUACGACGGAUUUUUCACCGUCAAUGGCAAAAGGAUCAUUAACACCGAUAUCAUCGCUGACAACGGGAUCAUUCAUGUUGUGUCGGACGUGAUUUUCCCCUUGACUGACGACUCCAUCCCCGGCAUUCUAACCAAGGAUGGGCGAUUUGGUACCCUUUUGACAGCCGUGACUGCGGCUGGAUUGGUGGACACCUUGUCUGGGGACGGUCCAUUCACCGUUUUUGCACCCACCGACGAUGCAUUUGCCAAGAUCCCGAGAGGAACGCUUGAGGGACUUCUCCAAAGCAAGACUGAUUUAACCAAAGUCCUACUGAGGCACGUCCUCCCCGAUACCUUGUAUUCGAAAGGCAUUCAUUGGGACGAGGUUGUGACUGCCGGAGGAGCACAGAUUCAAACCCAAUUGUUCCGUGGGGGUAAAGUGAAAAUUGCCAGUUACGCAGAUGGACAACGAGCUGUGGCCACCGUUUUGGAGGCCGAUAUUCCAGCUACAAAUGGAGUGGUUCAUGUUAUAUCUGAUGUCAUUUAACUGUAAUCCUAUAAAAUAUGAGUAUAGGAGUUCCCGAGGUCCUUCACCAAACCCUUCUAUCCGCGUACGCUCCUUGGAAAACCUGUUAAAGCUCGGAACCAUGGCAGUGUCGAGAUCUUUCUCUUUUGUGAUUUUAGAAUACACUACAUGUAUCAAGCAAAUUCUAGAGUUUCAACAAAAUAUGUGCCCUUCUAACGAAGUCGAUUUCAUACUCGACGGUACUUACUGAUUGAUCGCGACGCUUUUAGUCUUAAGAGUCAACAGCCGCCCACUUCUCCAAAUCGUAAUCCUAAAGACCUUGCAAUCUAUUUCUCAUGUUAUAGACCUCUUGCUCUACACGAAAUAUGGUUGCCGUUCUGCAUUUUAGAGGGCGCUUUGUGACUUAGCCUCUACCAAAUAAAAGGCCGGUUAUUUUUUA